AUGGUGAUGGCUAAAAUGCAACUGUUAGAGCUCCGAUUGGACCAAUGUUGCAGUCGAUCAUCGAUCAUGCCGUUGGAGCAGGAACAGCGCGGCGUAAAGUAUACGUCUUGCACUAAGAUACCUUUUCCAGAUUCUGGAGUGUACACCAUUCAGCCGGAAAAGCCCUUUAAGGAACCGAUUACCGUACAGUGCGACCAGGAGUACGAAUCGGGCGGAUGGACUGUGAUACAACAUCGGUUUGACGGAUCGACAAACUUCUAUCGCAGCUGGCAGGAAUACAAGAAUGGGUUUGGAAAUCUGGAGGGAGAGUUCUGGUUAGGUCUGGAUCGUAUUUAUCAUCUGACAGUAUCCGGGCCGCAUGAGCUGGUCGUUCUGCUGGAAGAUUUCGAUGGUAAUAAAACGUAUGCCAAAUACGAUCAGUUCGAGAUAGGCAACGAAAAUCAGAAAUAUGCAAUUACAAAGCUGGGCGAAUACUCAGGAACAGCUGGUGACUGUAUGACUAAUAGCAAAGGUUUGCAAUUUUCUACGUUCGACAAUGACAAUGAUAUAGCCAUGGGCAAUUAUGCCGAGUUUUUCGCAGGAGCAUGGUGGUAUGAACUUUACAAUAACAGCAACCUUAAUGGAAGAUAUUUGCGUGUAUAAACUAAAGAAUUAGCUACAAGCAUAAC